UAUACCAAGCUCAGACCCAGAUCCUAUUGGUAACCUACACUCUGGCCAAAACCAUUACUUGCGCGAUAGGUGUCCCCAUCCACUACCGGCCACCGAUCCAAUUAUCUGCGAUCCAAACCUACCAGAGUGGCUAUUAUUAUUGACGCACUCACCUGGUAUUUUACCACCCUUCACAAGUCCUAUUUUGUCUCUUCUAGAAUAUAGCCUCGUAGCCUCAAGGGCUACUUCUAUUCUUAGUUAUCUUCAGCUAGUCUGCCCAGGUUAUAAGGCUCUAGGGUCUAGACCUAAUUGCGGCUUGUGGUCCGUAAUACUUCCAAUUUUAGUGUUUGAUAUUUUUUAUCAAUUUCUGGUAUACAAGCCCGAUUUGUACAAUUGUACUACUAGCCCA